ACCCAUGAUGUCAUUAACCCGCGGUCUGCAAGGUACCUCCAGGGGUAUGCAUGGCUGGAUCAGACCUUCUUUAUCAAGAUUCAGUUCCAAGAGCUCUUGGAAGUACAUUUUAGAUCACCGCGACGCAGUGCUGGUCUCAGGCUCCGGUGGCUCUGAUUUUGCCUUUCUGCACACACAGAGCAGGUGGGGUAAUGGCUCAUGGUCUCCCUCCACUCUGCUCUGCAACACCAGGAUGGCAGCUCUGGGGUGGCUGCUUUCCUCACCCGGGAGCUAAGCUGAAAAGCAAGUGUUCCUUCCGGCUCAGCAGAUGCUAAGGCGAUAAGCUGCACCUUGCAGAGGCUCUGGGCGAUGCAGACAGCCUGGCUGAGUGCUCGCUCCUGGCCGCUUCUCCCCUCUCCAGCAACUCCCAUCAUGGAUGUGUGUCUGCGCUCCGAGCAGCAGCCUGGGCACCUGCAGGAGGGACCAAGCCCCCCGGACAGCCAGACAGAGGCAGACGAGGAGGCUCUGCACACAGACGGCAGCAGCGGACCCCCCGGAGAUUCUAACAAGAUAGAACCAUCACUUCAAAGCCUCCUGAAAUUCGUUCCUGCAAAUUACGCCAGCUACACGCAGGAGUACUACCUGUUUGCCGGCAAGAAGAUCGUCAUUCAGGAGUCGAUAGAGAGUUACGGAGCGGCAGUGUGGCCGGGGGCCACAGCUUUGUGCCAGUAUUUGGAGGAACAUACAGAGGAACUGAAUCUCCAAGAUGCUAAAAUACUUGAAAUUGGUGCUGGGCCAGGCCUUGUCUCCAUCGUGGCCAGUAUUCUAGGAGCUGAAGUCACAGCAACAGAUAUGCCUGACGUGCUCGGGAACCUGCAAUACAACCUUUUAAAGAACACGCUGGGACGAACAGCACACCUGCCUGAAGUGAAGGAGCUGGUCUGGGGAGAGAGCCUGGAACAAAACUUCCCCAAGUCGACUUUCUAUUACGACUACGUGCUGGCCUCCGACGUGGUCUACCACCACUACUUCCUCGACAAGCUGCUGGCCACCAUGGUGUACCUCUGCCAGCCGGGGACCGUGCUGCUCUGGGCAAACAAGUUCAGGUUCAGCACCGACUAUGAGUUUUUAGAUAAAUUCAAGCAAGUUUUUGAUACAACACUCUUGGCUGAAUUUCCAGAGUCAUCCAUCAAACUUUUUAAAGGAAUGCUAAAAUGGGACUAAACAAAAUGCCUUUCGAAACAAGAGAGUGUCUUUUUAAACAGUGUUAGACAUCGCAUUUCAAGAAAAGAUUUCUUUUCUAAAAACGCGAAGGUAGUCCAUAGAAACAACUUGCAUACCUAGAAUAAACAUCAUACUACAGUGACUUUCUAAAAUAAUCUAUUCAGGAUUAUCUGACUAACCUAAACAUACACAAAGAAUAACGUGAAAAACGUAAAAGUAGCUUUGUUGGCUUCCAAGAGUCUCAGCUACGUGUUUAAUAAAUUUUACAUGAGUAAGUUAACAAACACACGGGUUUCCCCUCGUUAUUUCUGCUGGUUUUAAACUUGUUGAUAUAUUUCUGUCACAUGCUUUUUGAAACUGAGCUUGAGAGGGUCUGGAUGUCUUAAUUUGAAGGAUCUACUUAAUACAGAUUUUUUUGCUCCUUGCAGCAAAGGGAGAGGGUGCUAGUUAAUAAGAAAAAGCUAUAGGCUUAAAUUAACACUGAAAGCUACGGAGACAGUGCUGGAAUGAGAGAGUGGGUGUUGUCUUAGGGGCCGCAGGACUAGCGCUGAGCAUCCACUCUGCACCAUCUCGAACGCCUCCUUCAGAAGUUCUUUAUUGGGACAGAGCUCUCUCUGUUGUUUUCAGUGAUGUGGUGCAGACACUGGCCACCAUUACCUGAAACUGGAAAGCCAUCGUGACUUUUAAAAGCACCAUUUUGCUUCCUGUGUUAAUCACGCAGAAAUGUGACAUUUUUGCCGAGGACACCUUCUUCUGGAAUGAAUUCGGGUCCAGCUGUCAGCGUGGAGGUAGAGUGACCUAGACAGAGAGCAAGGCUGACAAGGCAGCUUUGUGUCACCGCCCCAGAUCCCAGCAUCACUCACCACGGGCACCACUGAUGGUCCCCCUGGGAAUCACGGUUCAAAGCAGAGUUUGCCAGGCUGUGGAUGUAUCUCUAGUUUCCACAGCAAACUUCAUAAACUUCAUUCUAAAAUUACACUAUCUGAGAAAGACUUACACCCCUUUGAAAGAGAGAAGUAGUAAUUAC